CGUUCUACGGCUUUUAGGAGUUGUUUCAAAUGCAUCGAACGAAAGCCGUGGUGGUGCGCUAAAACCGGAAACGAGUGAGAAAGUUGGAUUUUUCAAGAAGUUGAAAUAUCGCUUCCAAGAGGCAAAAACGAAUGGGAAGAAUAAAAAUUUAUGGACCCAUAGUUUAUAUUUUCAAUUUUUGACAGGAAUCCCGUUGAAAGAUGAGCUGCAAGCACCGAUUUCGUUUAUGAGAGAUAUCGGGAAGCAGUUCAUACCGCCGCCACUGCCUGCUCUUCCGAAAGAUUUCAAGGAACAUCCGGAACGGGAUUUGGUGAAUUAUCCUUAUCCAUUGAAGCAAAUGUAUCCACCAAAAUUGCGAUUGAUGAUUGUACCGGAUACAUUUAUGAGUGCCUUUCACAAAUAUACUGGCACCUCCGGACCGUACGUAUUUUUUGCGAUGCUUUAUGCAUUUUUGCAUUCGAAAGGCCUCUUCGAGAUUGCGCACGAUCGUGUGAAAGUGUUAAUCAUCAUCUUCUACUACUAUAUAUUUUCACGAGCAUUCGAUUAUCGAUGGGACAAAUUUUUCUAUGAAAACGCCAAGAAGGUCGAGAAGAAGUAUUUGGACAUCAUUGACAACAAUUUCAAAGCAGUCCGAACUGUUCAGGAGACUUCGAAAGCGGGAAAGAUCGCUUAUGCUGCAGUCAAGGAGCAUUAUCCGGCGGUUUUCAAGGAGACUUUGGCUUUACAGCUGGAAGCUACCUAUAGGAGAAAUGUGGAACUGUUGGCUUCAGAAAUGAAGCGACGUUUGGAUUAUUUGCUGGAGACGCAAGCUGUGAAACGAAGCUUUGCCCGUGAUCACAUGUUGAAAUGGAUCAUUGAAGCGGUUCGAGCGGAAAUUAUUGCGAACAAAGAAAACAUCAAGGAGAAAUAUAUGGAUAAUUGCAUCGAACAGCUGAAAGGGAUUUCGCUCCAGUGAUC